GCCAGGCGCGCGUCCGCGGCGCCGUGACUCGGCGGCUCCGCAGCGGCUGCAGCGGGAGGACCCGGCCGGAGCCGCCGCCGCCGCCGCCGCCGCCAUCGCAGCCGGGCGGCCGGGCCCCCGCCGCCGGGAUGCCGAGGAGCCGGGGCGGCCGCGCUGCGCCGGGCCAGGCCUCGCGCUGGAGCGGCUGGCGGGCCCCGGGGCGGCUGCUGCCGCUGCUGCCCGCGCUCUGCUGCCUCGCGGCGGCGGCGGGGGCCGGGAAGCCGGCCGGGGCGGACGCGCCCUUCGCUGGGCAGAACUGGUUAAAAUCAUAUGGCUAUCUGCUUCCCUAUGAGUCUCGGGCAUCUGCGUUGCAUUCUGGGAAGGCCUUGCAGUCUGCGGUAUCCACUAUGCAGCAGUUUUACGGGAUCCCAGUCACCGGUGUGUUGGAUCAGACAACAAUCGAGUGGAUGAAGAAACCUCGAUGUGGCGUCCCUGAUCAUCCCCACUUGAGCAGGAGGAGGAGAAAUAAGCGAUAUGCCCUAACUGGACAGAAGUGGAGGCAGAAACACAUCACCUACAGCAUUCACAAUUAUACCCCAAAGGUGGGUGAGCUGGACACACGGAAGGCUAUUCGUCAGGCUUUUGAUGUGUGGCAGAAGGUGACUCCACUGACCUUUGAAGAGGUGCCAUACCAUGAGAUCAAAAGUGACCGGAAGGAGGCAGACAUCAUGAUCUUCUUUGCUUCUGGUUUCCAUGGUGACAGCUCCCCAUUUGAUGGGGAAGGGGGAUUCCUAGCCCAUGCCUACUUUCCUGGCCCAGGGAUCGGAGGAGACACUCACUUUGAUUCAGAUGAACCCUGGACGCUAGGAAAUGCCAACCAUGAUGGCAAUGACCUCUUCCUGGUGGCCGUGCAUGAACUGGGCCAUGCACUGGGCUUGGAGCACUCUAACGACCCCAGUGCUAUCAUGGCUCCCUUCUACCAAUACAUGGAGACACACAACUUCAAGCUACCGCAGGACGAUCUCCAGGGCAUCCAGAAGAUUUACGGACCCCCAGCUGAGCCUCUGGAGCCCACAAGACCCCUUCCUACACUCCCGGUCCGCAGGAUCCACUCGCCGUCUGAGAGGAAGCACGAGCGGCACCCUAGGCCCCCCCGGCCGCCUCUGGGGGACCGGCCAUCCACUCCAGGUGCCAAACCCAACAUCUGCGAUGGCAACUUCAACACAGUGGCCCUCUUCCGAGGGGAGAUGUUUGUGUUUAAGGAUCGCUGGUUCUGGCGCCUGCGCAAUAACCGGGUGCAAGAGGGCUACCCCAUGCAGAUCGAACAGUUCUGGAAGGGCCUGCCUGCCCGCAUAGAUGCAGCCUAUGAAAGAGCUGACGGGAGAUUUGUCUUCUUCAAAGGAGACAAGUACUGGGUGUUCAAAGAAGUGACGGUGGAACCUGGGUACCCCCACAGCUUGGGGGAGCUGGGAAGCUGCCUGCCCCGUGAAGGAAUUGACACAGCUCUGCGCUGGGAACCUGUGGGAAAAACUUACUUUUUCAAAGGCGAACGGUACUGGCGCUACAGCGAGGAGCGGCGAGCCACAGACCCUGGCUACCCCAAGCCCAUCACCGUGUGGAAGGGCAUCCCGCAGGCUCCGCAAGGAGCCUUCAUCAGCAAGGAAGGAUAUUACACCUACUUCUACAAAGGUCGGGACUACUGGAAGUUUGACAACCAGAAACUGAGUGUGGAGCCAGGCUACCCACGCAACAUCCUGCGUGACUGGAUGGGCUGCAAGCAGAAGGAGGUAGAGCGGCGUAAGGAGCGGAGGCUGCCCCAGGAUGAUGUGGACAUCAUGGUGACCAUCGAUGACGUGCCAGGCUCUGUGAAUGCUGUGGCUGUGGUUGUCCCCUGCACACUGUCCCUCUGCCUCCUGGUGCUGCUCUACACAAUCUUCCAGUUCAAGAACAAGGCGGGUCCUCAGCCCGUCACCUACUAUAAGCGGCCGGUCCAGGAGUGGGUAUGAGCAGCCCAGAGCCCUCUCUGUCUACCCGGUCUGGCCAGCCAGGCCCUUCCUCACCAGGGUCUGAGGGGCAGAUCUAGCCACUGCCCACUGGGGCCAGCAGGGCCCUAGGCCAGGUUCGUGUGUAGCUGAAGUGGUGGGUGCACUGGUCUAGGCUGAGUGCGGGGCAGGGAGUGAUGGUGGCUAUGCCCCAGGUUGGGUAGCUGGCACCCAGCUGCCAGCCUUCUGUCCUGGGCAGACCUCUCUCUACUCAAGGGAAUAGGCCAGGCCCUGUCAGGAGGCAAGGAUGGUGCCAGGAGGUGCCCCUGAGGUCAUUGCAUCCUGUGGUGUCUGCAAGAUACCGCAGCUCCAGUCCUGGCUGGGACCCAGCCCUCUGAGGCAAGCCAGCACUAGCUCUCAUCCCCACCCCAAGAUGCCACCAAUCCCAGUCCCCUCUGCCAACACCUGCUGGUCAGAUGUCCCCUUAUCCCUACCCUACUAUCCUCCAAGGCUGCAGUGCCCCUGAUGCCAACAGAGUGGGCAAAAGCCUGGGUUUCCCCUGCUAGCCCAUAGAGGAUUCCUCAGGAAACCUGUUCUACCCAUCAGGUCUCCUCUGAGACUCAGAACUUAGGGUCACAUGCUGCAGGCAAGGCUGUGGCCCAGCUGGAUCUCACAAGGACCCAGCUGUCAUGUCGUGAAUACUUAAAUGUCCUGUCACUACUGUUUAAAGUUCCAUUUUGCAAAGGCUACUUUGAGGCUACUUGAGGUCAGCUAGAGGUGACUGUUUUGAUGAUGAGGCCAGUAUGGUAGCCCUUCCCCAGGCAGUAAGGACCACGGUGCUGCAAAGGCCACUCGGGCAUCCUGAUACUAGCGGGCAUCCUGUUCAGGAGGCUCAACAGCUGCAGGAGCUGACCCUGGUUCUGGGGGCGGAUGCAAGUUUGUGACCAUUCUCAACUCCCCUUCAUUAAUGUUGUCCCCUGCCCUGCUCCAGCCUGUCCUUUGUGGCCUGGGGGCUCAGCCUGACUACAGGUAAAGCAGAGAGGAUUCUAGAGCCACCCUUGUCAUCCUCUCAGAGUAAGGGACCAGGGCAGCCUUUUAAGCUCUCCAUCUACAUCCCCAGUGACCCUGAGGCAACUCAACUCCAGCCUGGAGUCAGUGUUUGUGCUCCUAUCUUGACCCUGGCAGCCCAGGUUUCUGGGUCCAUCUUCCUGCACUGCUCUUAGGAAAAGGGUCCUCUUCCCAGCUGGUAGCAGCCCCAGGCUUUGGGGUUUCCCCCAACUCCCUAACCCAAACUACCUUUUUGUUGUUUGUUUUAACCUGAGGCCCUUCUUCACAUCUGACAGUUCCUAAGUCUUGGUUUGGCUUGCUCCAAAACCACUGGGUGCAAGUGUCACUCACUGGCUCUCUGCCAAGCCCAACAGUGGUACGAGGUGGCCAUCGGGGUGCUAGUGGGUUACAGAUACCAACUCUGACCUCUGAGCCUGCAUGGGCUUUGUUUGCCCCUGCCCUGUGGUCUCUCGCCCUGUAGCACAGACAGGGACUCUCAAUGCCCUGGGAGUUGUUGAGUAAAAUCUCUUGUCCCAGAAGCA